CAGCUGUGGACCAGCACACGCCACCUUGCUGACUGCGACACAGAGGCCGUAAGAUGGUGUUGAAGAUUGUGGUGGUGUGUGUGGUGGUGGUCCUUGGUGUGGGGGAUGUCACUCCCUCCUUGGUUAACCCCGUCCAGGGCUCGAACCCUCAGCCUAGAGAGUGGCCCUGCCCGGACGAUGCAGCGAUUUCGCCGUGUACCUGCAGCAUUACCGAAGAUUAUGAUAUGAAACUUGACUGCUCUCUUGUGACUAGUAAUGAAGAGUUGGCAAGAGUAUUUAGUUCUGUAUUUCCUUACACUCAAUUUUUGGAGCUGAGAAUUGUACAGGAUCCUAGUGAUCCUAAUUACGAUAUAAAUGCAAUCGAAACAGGAUUGUUCACAGGUUUCUCGUUUGAACGAAUCAUCAUUCAAGGGACGAAGCUUAAAGUGAUUGAAGAUCAUACAUUCACCGACUCCCAAGAUCUUCUUAAUUAUCUGAACCUUGCAAACAACGACCUAUACUCGUUUCCAUUUGAGGUGAUUACAUUGUAUCCGAAACUGGCCACUUUGAUCCUAGAUGACAACGCGUUUACCCAGCUGCCGUCCAUCCUGUCCUCCUCCAUAGAAGUCCUCAGCGUUAGCGGCAACGCAAACUUACAGCUAACUAAUUUCGAUGAUUUAACCUCACUGCAAGAAAUUUAUAUCGGAAGAAUUAAUCUCGAUGUGCUCCCACCUAAUCUAUUUAUGCAGCUGCACUACCUGAACACAAUUGAUGUACAAGGGAACGAGCUCACAGACCUGAACGAGUAUACCAUCGCCACCCCGAGCCAGACCCUGAAGACCGUCAUCGCAGACCACAACCUGAUCUCAACCAUCCACCACGACACCUUCCACGGGUUGGUGUUCAACGCGGAAGUAUCGAUGCGAAGCAAUUUAGUGAUUGAUCUCUUUGAGGAGUCGUGGAAGCACGUCUUCGACCAGCUCGUCCCUGAUGGCAUUCUCGACCUGGAAGACAACCCGCUGAGGUGCGGGUGUGAGAUGGCGUGGAUCAUGUUCUCGCCGGAGCGGGAGGACCUCCAGAUCAUCACCGACACCACCCUCUGCUCCAGCGGCGCCCAGGUCUCCUUCCUCGACGUGCAGUUCUUCUGUAAAUUCUGUGAUCACAUUGUCCCUGAUGUUUGUCCAUAAGGACAGUCUCGGGGCCACGAGGAGUCAUGGAGAACAUUAUGCAAACCUUUCCACCAGAUGUGACCUCUUGGAGUAAUGCUUCAUUUUAAAAAGUGUCGUAGCUUGAUGAACAGGAAAUAUUUCCUUAGUUUCCUUAUUUACGACACGAGAAUAGUAAAGAAUUAUUAAUGAAAGGCUUACUUGCUGCUUUAAGACGAAAAUAUAAUUGUAAGAUACGAGAACUGAGUGCAAAUUGUUCCUGUGAUAAAUAUGCCAGUUAUAAAGGUCCCCCACUGAUGUCUCCCGCUAAUGUUACCUCCACUAAGGACAAAUGUGUGAUCUGUGCGGCUAAUUUUUGUCUACACUUUCCUUGUAUUCAUCUUCUCUUGUUAUCUUCAGCUAAUAAUGAUAAAAUAAUUCAUAAA